UCUACAUCACAUUAAUUAACUGACUGCUUAUGUAUAAGACAUGUGCAUUACUCAGCAAAGUACAAAAAAAAUCUAAGAUAAAAAAAUACACAAAUGAAGGGGAUAAACAAAUCACAAGAAAAUCAUGAUAUGGACACAUAAUCAACUAAUAAUGUGGUCAACUCUGCCACCUGUUUUUACAAGAAAGGAAAAUAGGUGAACAUUUGGAUUAUAUUUAAAUAGCUAAUCUAUUGAGCAGUUAUGUACAAUAAAUAUGGUGUUUAUUUAGUAAUAUAAUGUUAGAUCAAUAAAUAUUUUAAAUAACCAUAAAUGCUACGUUCCCCCUGGCGUCAACACGCAUCAAGAGUGUUAGUGUAUUUGUCCACAAAUAUACUCAUUUCCGGUAAGAGUUUCUGAAGCGGAAAACAGAUUUCCAUCCAAACAUUUUAUGCAUUAAAUGGAACAAGACAGAUGUCAAACUCUUGAACGCGCCAAUGUUGAAUUUAAAAAACGGAAUUUCAAGCAGGCAGAAGAACUAUAUACAAAGUUCCUCGAAUCGUGCUGGAAAACAAGAAAUUGUGAUGCCAGUGACCUUGCUACUGCUCACAACAACCGUGGGCAGAUAAAGUACUUCAGGGUGGAUUUUCGUGAGGCAAUGGAGGACUACACUUCUGCAAUUGAGGCCAACUGCCAGUUUGAAGUAUCAUUCUACAACAGAGGACUAAUACGUUAUAGAUUAGGUUUUUUCCAAGAUGCAGAGAUGGACUUCAAGAGGGCUCUAGAACUCAACCCUGACUUUGAAGAUGCCAAAGUGAGCUUACAGCAAACACUGUUGGACCAAGAGCACAAGAUCAAUAGGGGAUAUUGAGAAUGUAUUAGCUUUUCCCCUUAGCUACACUCUAAUGACAAGAAAUCUCAACAAAGUAAUUGCCAGUAUGUCUUCAAUUUGUAUUGGCACAAAAUUGUGUCCAUGUAUGAUUUCGCUUAUGUUUUUUUGGGAUAAGAUCAAUUAUUAGAUUAUGGUAAAUAUAAAGUGUAGAUUCACAACAUACCCGUCCUUAUCAAAGAAUUUAACUCCAGUGUUUGACAACCAUGAAAAACCUCUGUUGCCCUCAUACUAAUUAAGAUGAUAAUGCUGUAAUGUAUACAGCACAUGUUUUUUUUUUAACCCUUGGGUGGUGUACAAUGUUUCUGUUAUCUGAUGGACCCACAACAUGAUUGUGUCUUUAAAAUGAUACAGCAUAACAAUGUAUGUAAAAAAUACUUACUGUAGAUGUUGACAUAAAUUGCAAGCAAUAUAGACUGCAUACAUGGUUAAUAUUUGCCAUUUACUGCUGCUAGAUCACAUUUACCAAUAAAAGCACUAUUUAAAAAUAUAUAAAA